CAGUCACUUGCUCGGAGAGGGAGAGGCACGACGAAGUAAAUCACCGCGUGUUUUUUUCUAAUCGCUGCAACUGGCUGCUGCAAUCACUAUUCUCUUGUCGAAAUGUCUGUGACCCAGACGAAACAAAUCAAGUUCUACAACCCAUCGAGUUCCGCUAGCUCCGACAGGUAACGAACGACUUUUUAAUGCCGCAUUAAUUCACGCACGGCCAAAAGUAAAGUGUGAAAAUCCAACAGAAGUCAUUAGAAUGUGAUACACACUCACACACACACCCGCGCACAAACAUAUCUAAAGAGCAUGUGCUCCAAGUCAUUCAUCGUAUGUACGUACGUACCUACUUACAUGUGUGCGUCGUGGGGCCUCUAAUCACGCAAUAUAAAUAAAUGCUGGGAAAAUGGCAUAGGGCCUGCGUUCGCAAACACCACUACAUGUGCAAACGCAUAACAUGUGAUAAAUUCAAUUUCGAUAUAGUCGCCGGUUGCAUCGGAUCGGAAGAGAGUGUGAGAGAGAAGGCAAAGCGAACACCCUGCGAGAACAGUUACAAGCUAGGGAUGGGCGCGUCAGCGAGUAACUUGUAAUGUUGCAGUUUGAAAAAAUAAUAUUCAUACCACAGAAACAUUAUUAAAAUAACUUUGGUGCGAUCCGUGGAAUGCUAUAAAAAAUUACUUGUGUAUAAGUAUAUGUAGCGUGAAAUAUUUUAUGAUUUUAUGCGCCUAAAAAUUAGAAUAUUUUUUUCUCUAACAAAUUAAAUAUCCUUCACUUAACAAAAGUAAAAGAGACAUUUGUUAUGCAAAUUUGGCUAAAAUGUAGAGCACAUCUUCGACUGAGUCGUGUCACGCCAAACCUCAUGUACCACAUGCCCACCUCUAUGAAGGCUUGCGACAACAACAAUGCAGAGACGACGCCGGCAGAGGAAACCGCAGCGCAGCGCAGCUUUUUAACCUUAGCUGCCUUAACACUUUUUCUUGUCAUUCAAUCCCCAAACGCCGCUCACCUCGCACUUCUCGCUACACCUUUGGCUUAAUUUUUUGUUUUCAUUAGUUAUCGAAUAAAUAUUGGCCGCAACGCAAAAGGUGAAUCGCUGCGUACGAAAUAAAAACUCUAAAUCACAUGUGAUCCACGCCGGCGGCGAUUCGCGUGAGCGUUGUGUGAGUGAGUGACCCAUUUUGGCUUGGCAUCGCCGGUUGCUGUGUUCUUGCUGCCUCCACAUCCAAGUUCUCACGCCCACGCCGACGGACUGAGUGAUUCAAAAUCGCUGGCAGAUCGGGAUCGGGCUAAAAAUGAGCAGCAUCACGUUUUUGUGCAGCAAGUCGGGCCACAACACCAACAACAACAGCAUUAAUAGUAGCAAUAACGAUGUUCCAAAAGGGGCAAAAGCGAACUCAGCAUUUGCAGCCGCAUCCGCCGGUUUACUAACCAUCGCAAACCACCAGCAGCAACAGCUACUUCAGCAACCACAUCAACAGCAGCAGCAACAACAACAACAGCAUCAUCAGCAGUCAAAGGUUAAGGCUAUAGCAGCCAAAACCAAUGGUCACAUCGAUGACCGUUCACUCUCGGAUGUCACAGAGCAACUCUAUGUGGAUCCGUAUGCCGACCUAAGCAAUGGCUUGCCCGGGGAUCUCAACUGCUGUCCGGCCUCGCCCACCACAGUGCCUGCUAAAGCAUCGUUGGAUUCGCCUCUUAAACGUUCCGGUAGGAGACAGCGAACCACAUCCAUUGGCAACCAGACCACCACAGCGAAUCCGUCCGAAUGCAUCAUACGCGCAAAUAACCGCACGAUCUACACGGCCGGACGACCGCCGUGGUACAAUUGUGCUGGGCAACAGGUGGAGCCCUUCGUCAUAGGAAUCUGCGGCGGUAGUGCCUCUGGCAAGACCACAGUGGCUGAGAAAAUCAUCGAAAGCCUAGACGUUCCAUGGGUAACACUGUUGUCCAUGGACUGUUUCUACAAGAUCCUUAAUGAGAAACAGCAUGAGCAGGCCCUGAUCAACGAAUAUAACUUCGAUCACCCGGAUGCCUUCGACAUCGAGCUGCUGCUGGACGUGCUCACCAAGCUGAAGGAGGGCCGAAAGGUGGAAGUUCCUGUCUAUAAUUUUGUGACACAUGGUCGUGAGAGCCAAACGAAAACCAUGUACGGGGCCAAUGUGAUCAUCUUCGAGGGUAUUCUUACCUUUCAUAGUCCUGAAGUACUUAAAUUGCUAGACAUGAAGAUAUUUGUGGACACAGAUCCCGAUAUUCGUCUGGCCAGGCGGUUAAGAAGGGACAUCUCUCAGCGCGGACGAGACCUCAAGGGCGUGCUGAAGCAAUACCUUAAUAUGGUUAAGCCCUCCUAUUGCAAUUACAUAGCUCCAACAAUGGCCCAUGCAGAUAUCAUUGUUCCUCGUGGAGGCGACAACAAGGUGGCCAUCCAUCUCAUUGUUCAGCACGUGCACACACAGCUGCAACUGCGCGGAUUUAAGCUGCGCGAAACUCUGGCCAACUCCUACAAGGACCAGCCAAUGCCACAUUCUCUGCACUUGCUGCAUCCCACGCCCCAAAUAAAGGGCCUGCACACGUUCAUCCGUUGCCGAAAUACGUCCCGCGAUGAGUUUAUUUUUUACUCAAAGCGCCUGAUACGGCUAGUCAUUGAAUAUGCGCUAAGCUUAUUUCCCUUUAAGAAAACAACAGUGGAGACUCCACAAGGUGUCCUUUACGAGGGCAAGCGUAUGGAAUCGCGAAAAAUAUGCGGCGUCUCAAUUCUCCGAGCUGGUGAAACAAUGGAACAAGCCGUUUGUGAUGUGUGCAAGGACAUUCGCAUCGGAAAGAUCCUCAUCCAGACCAAUCUUAAGACCGGCGAGCCGGAGCUUUACUACCUGAGGCUGCCUAAAGACAUAAAAGACUACAAGGUGAUACUAAUGGAUGCCACCGUGGCCACAGGAGCAGCGGCCAUGAUGGCCAUUCGGGUGCUGCUGGAUCACGAUGUACCCGAGGACAACAUUAUCUUGGCCUCGCUUUUGAUGGCUGAGAUCGGUGUGCACUCCAUUGCCUAUGCCUUCCCAAAGGUGAAAAUUGUUACUUCCGCUCUGGAUCCGGAGAUUAAUAGUAAGUUUUAUGUUAUACCCGGCAUUGGUAACUUUGGCGAUCGCUACUUUGGCACGGAACCCUCUGAUGAGUACUAAGGAGAUCUGGGCCAAUCCAUACCUAUAUGGAACCAUCAAGUUUCUAAUGUAUCUUAGGUUAAGUUCAAAACGUUACUUAAAUUAUGAAUUUGG